CUCCUAACUAGCCAUUCUUCUUUGCGCACUCUAAUAAUUCAACAGGAAAAUGCUGCUCAAAUAUGGACCUGCAAUGGUAAAAAUUGAGCUUGAUGACCCAGUCCUUCUUCCAGUUCUAUGUUUCUGACAGCAUGAAGAGUGCCAUAUGUAACAGGAAUAAUUUUUCUUCUACCACUUGACAUCUCCCUUCCAACACUUUGCCAAAGAAUUGCUCCAUAGGCUCACGGCCAGUUGAUGUGCCUCAGCACAUCUCCCAUCUUGUAAAAUAUGCUUGGUUUUCCUGUAUAUUUAAAACUACAUUUAGCUGUGCCACAACAUGCCAUUUGACUGUGCUUGCCUUGCAAAGCAAUGCAGAUGUUUUAACGUUACCAAUAAGUUUGUUCAGCAUGCUGAUAAUUUGUGAGUCCACUUUGAAUCUUGGUGGGACCUCCAUUUUGGCACCAUCCCUGGGAGGUAUUUAAAAGAUGUGUAGAUGUGACACUUAGGAACAUGGUUUAGUGGUGGACAUGGCAGUGCUAAGUUAAUGGUUGGCCUUGAUGAUCUUAAUGGUCUUUUCCAACCUAAAUGAUUCUGUGAUUCCAAUCUCUAUCAUAGAAUCAGAAUGGUUUGGGUUGGAAGGGACAUUUGAAGAUUGUCUAGUCCAACCCCUCUGCCAUGGGCAGGCAUGAUAAUUUUGCAUGUUUUACAGUGCUUUGAAGCAUCCUUGAAUAACAUUAGCACCUUACCUCCAUGGCAACACUUCUAGCAAUCAAGUUAUUGCUUAACUAGUUUUAAUUUCCUAAACUAAACCCAAGAUGGGCAUUGCAUAGUGCUACUACCCCAAGCAGAUUAUAGCCCUAAUUCUUGCGCAGUACUGCACCUGUUGUGAGAUGUGUGCCAUCUGUCUAUGCUGUUAUUCCCAGGGAGUUUCAGCAUGCAGCUUUUGGGCUUGCAAUUGCUGGCGAAAUUUAAUUCUUGCUUCUGCAAAAUAACAAUUCCCUGUUUGCAAUCAUAGUAGUUGAUCUAUUGCACAGGUGGAGGUCCUUUUUCAAGCUGCAGAUGAAAAAUGUUUGGUGGUGUUAGUGAUCAUUUGCUGAGAUAGGAGAUGCUGCUGGUGAAGGGGCUAGCUUCUUGCAAAGAAUACCCAAAGAACCAUCUGGGGCUGUGCUGGAGAGCUCAAAUCAUACCUGUUGUGGACCAGUUCUCAUACAUUUCUGAUGAGCUAUAGACAUCCUGCGCUGCAGCCUGUGUGAACUGAGCCCACAAAUGCCCUCUUCCUGAUCCUCUCUCUUUCUUUUUCCCUAUGGGCUCCUUCUUUCUUUCCCUUGUAGGGUCCUGCCCACCCUACAUUCGUAUACUACAGCGUAAUAUUAGUCUGAUUUCUUCAUAAGACUUUUCACAGUAAGCUCUUUUCCCAUGAGACCUAUCAAAGUGGAGUUCAGUUCCUAUACAAAAACCUUUCCCCAGCUACCCUCAAGACAGUUGUUUCAUGGGGCUGUAUGCACUUGGAGACUUUCCUGUCUGUCUUCCUCAGCUGGACUUUUUUUCAUCCAUGUUUUUCUGUUUUCAUAUUCUACCCACCUAAGUGCCAAUGAACGGGCAGGUGGGAAACUUUAAUUAUUGCCAAGGAGAAAUGAGUGUUUUGAGUACUAAAUGCCCUGCUCUGGCAGAUGGUAGACAGCCAUAGAGGAAUUUAAUAUGAUGCAUCAUUGCAUCCAUGCUGAACCUCAUUUUCCCCAAGUCUGAUUUGAAUCCAGAGAUGAAGAAUGAGAAAGAGGCAGAAAUCCACUUUAGACCAUAGAAAGAAUGCAAAUAGUGUUUCACAAAAGGACACCGGUAGGGAUAACAUUUAGAUCUCUAAGUAACUGAAGAAUGUCAUGGCAAUCUCAGUGGUUACUUUAAAAGAAUACUAGAAAUGAGUUGACUGUUACACUGACCCUUUAACCACAUGAUAUGAUUUUUUUUCAAAUAGCGUGUAAGAAUAUGUUUAAGCCACAAUGCAUACUCCUCAAUCAGUAUCAUAAUUUCCCCCUUUUCCACAACCACGUGUAAAAGAAAUUUCAGAAUCUGCCACGUAAAUGUUACCCAUUAAUGAACCACUGAAAAUUUUUCCAGCACCAUGAUUUAAGAAAGAUGCUUUCGAGGGAUUCCCUUGAUUAGCCAAAAAUGAAGGGUUCUUAUCUCACACUAUCUUGUCUAAAUAUACACAGCCUGUGAUGACGAAAUGAAAAUUUUCAAGACCAGGUAUAAAUACUACUGACAAGCAGAUGAAGUUCAUUCGUCUACUUUCUUCUAAUAGAAGAUUUAACUAUUAGAAGUUGAAGCUCACUGCUCUUAGAACCGACAUCUCUCAGAACCUAUCUGAGCAUUUUAACUGAACUAUUGCCAAGAAAAUGACUUGCCAGACCUACAGCUUGUUUGUUCUGUCUGUCAUCAUGAUUUGUUUUGGACGUUUUGGAAAUAGUUCCAUUCUUGCUCAACUUGAAAAUGAUAUAGACCAACUGAAAGCUGACUUUAACUCAAGUAAUUCAGAUGUAGCUGAUGGUGGACCUAUUUUUGUGGACAAACUGACAAACUGGACAGAGAGAAAUGAAAAAAGGAUCAUCCUGAGCCAGAUUGUUUCCAUGUACUUGGAAAUGCUUGAGAAGACUGACAAGUCAAAGGCGCACAUCAGGCACAUAUCUGAGGAGCUCUAUACUCUGAAAAAUAGCCUUCCUGAUGGCUUAAAGAAGAUGAAAGACCUCAUGGACCUGACAAAGCUUCAGAUGAGUGACUUGAAAAUUCAACGCAAAGCUGCAAAUGAGCUCUUCAGUGUCUUACAAAAGCUGGAGCCUUCAGCUCCUCUCAAAAGGAAAAGGAGCCAGUUUCAGAAGAAGUGCAAAUGUUAAUGACAUCGCGUGACCUUCUGUACUGAGUUAUUGUGCAAAUUUUAUGAUGCACAUUUUUUUAUUUCAAUCUUUUUAUUUAGUUUUUAUACAUUUAUUUAUUAAUAUUUAAAUAUUUUAAAUAAUUAUUUAUAAAGUAACACCAGUCAAAGUAUUUAUACCUCCUACUGCUAUGUAAGAAAUGACUUUGUCUUAAAAUCCUGUCUAUCUGUUAUAUGUUUGCUGACCUGAAAAUACAGAAUGAGGCAAUGUUUACCCAGUUCCCAUAUGGAAAUCCUGAAAUUACACGAUACGGUACCCAGCUUUCCAUCUGGUGCAGUCUUGAGAGAGGGAUAUUAGAAGACUAGUCUCAUCAUUCAUCUGUUUGGCAUGGAUAUGCAAGCACCAAGAUGGGGAAGUUUCUGUACUAAGGAAUACAUUCAUAUCUGCUUACUUCUAAGCAUAUCUAAAUCCAAAUCAAGCAACUAGACGUGCUUAAAGGUAAGCAAAUGCUGAAGCACUUUUAUGAACUAGGGGAGUGAUGAUUAAUUGCUGACAAUUGUUGCUCUUCACUGAAGUUACCAGGAGGCUAAGCUACUAGCAGCUCCAGGAAACGUGACUAACUCUAUUGCACUGAGUUAACUUCAACUCAUUGAUUCUGAGACAUUCUAUAUUUUUUAUAUACUGAAUCAUUUCAAUGUGCCUGAAUGUAAUUUUAUUUAUUUGGAGGUAGUAGUACAGAAGUUUUUAUCUUAAUGACUUUAUUUU